AUGUCGCCAAGAAGAAGCGUCAAAUUAGACAAGAUGACGGAAGCGCUGGGAAGAGAAGUUGAAGGACGGCAGCGCAUAGAAGAUCUGGAGAGGCCACAAUUCGACGAUCGCUCCUACAGAAUCGUCACUCUACCGAAUCAAUUGGAGGUCCUUCUGAUACACGAGGCGGGGGCAGACAAGGCUAGUGCGGCGCUGGAUGUCAACGUGGGUAGCUUCAGCGAUCCGCCAGAUAUGCCGGGUAUCGCACACGCGGUGGAGCAUCUGCUGUUCAUGGGGACUGAAAAGUACCCAGAGGAGAACGCCUACAGUCAGUAUCUGACACGCCACGGCGGAUACUCGAAUGCUUUCACAUCCUCCACUUCGACCAACUACUACUUCGAGCUCUCAUACCCUUCUUCCACGCCUACGAGCAGUCAAACCCUAUUGCCAGAUGUGUCACAAACAAACCUGGCAAAGUUCGAAGAAGACUCGCCGCUAUGGGGAGGGCUAAAUCGAUUUGGCCAGUUCUUCAUCAGCCCAUUAUUCUUGGAAGACACAGUUGAUCGCGAGCUCAAGGCGGUGGACUCAGAGCACAAGAAGAAUCUCCAAGAUUACACUUGGCGGUUGAUUCAGCUUGACAAAGCAUUGGCCAAUCCAGGCCAUCCGUACCACCGCUUCUCGACAGGAAACUACAAGACUCUACACGAUGGCCCUGUAACGCGUGGUGUAAGAAUCCGCGACGAGUUCAUCAAGUUCUAUUCAACGCACUACUCGGCGAACCGUAUGAAGUUGGUUGUCCUAGGUCGAGAGAGCUUGGAUACUCUGGAAGCAUGGGUAGAGCAGAUCUUUGCUAGAGUGCCGAACAAGAACCUGGGCCAGAAUCGCUGGGAUAUGCCCGUUUAUACAGAGAACGAACUGCUGACGCAGACCUUCGCCAGACCAGUUUUAGAGUCUCGGUCACUAGAGCUUCAAUUCGCGUACCGUGAUGAAGAUAAGUUUUACGAGUCACAGCCUUCAAGAUACCUUGACUACUUGCUCGGUCAUGAAGGGCCUGGCGGUAUCCUUGCGCUUAUCAGGGCAAAAGGCUGGGCGAGCGAAGUGGGAGCUGGAGGGUGCACCCUUUGUCCUGGCUCAGGACUGUUUACUGUCUAUAUUUUGUUGACUGAGGAGGGCCUAAAUCGCUACAAGGAGAUUACAAAGCUUGUGUUCCAAUACAUAGGACUCAUGCGCGAUCAGCCGCCUCAAGAGUGGGUAGUCAAAGAGCAAAUGCAGAUUAGUCAAGUAAAGUUCCGAUUCAAGGAAAAGAGCCCACCCAGCCAAACUACAAGUGAUCUAGCAGGCAUCAUGCAGGGACCGUACGACCGCAGGAUGUUGCUCAGUGGACCAGCCACUAUCAAGAAGUUCGAUGCCGAGCUGAUUAGCGAAGCUAUGUCUUAUCUCCGACUGGACAACUUUAGAAUGACGAUUGUGAGUCAAGAUUUCCCAGGCAGUUGGAACCAAAAAGAGAAGUGGUAUGGCACAGAGUACAAAGUCGAGAAGAUACCAGAAGACUUCCUUGCCGAGAUUAGAGAAGCAUUCGAGAGCAAGAGCCGGCCGGCAGAGUUACAUCUCCCACACAAGAACGAGUUUAUUCCGACCCGACUGAAAGUGGAGAAGAAGGACGUUGAACAGCCGACCAAGGAGCCCAAGCUUAUUCGCCAUGACGACAACGUACGCGUCUGGUGGAAGAAGGACGAUCAGUUUUGGGUACCCAAGGCUCAUGUACACAUCUACUUCCGAACGCCUAUCACCAGCGUCACAGCUCGUACCACACUACUAUGCACGCUCUACUGCGAGCUUGUGAAUGAUGCUCUAGCUGAGUUUUCAUACGACGCCAGCCACUCCGGACUGAUGUACAACUUCACCAAUCACAUCAGGGGUCUUUUGAUCGAUGUCAGUGGCUACAAUGACAAGUUAAAUGUGUUGCUGGAAAAGGUCCUGCUCCAAGUACGAGAUCUUGAGGUGUCGGUAGAUCGUUUCAAGAUCAUCCGCGACCGGAUGUUGCGUUACUUACGCAAUUCCGAGUACGAACAGCCUUUCGACCAGGUUGGCACCUACUCUGAACAGUUUAAGAGCGAGAAGAGUGUAACGAACGACGAACUGCUCUCAGAGCUUGAGAAUGUGACCGCGCAGGAUGUCCAGCAAUUCUUCCCGCAGAUCCUAGCGCAAUGUCAUAUCGAGGUUUUGGCACACGGCAACCUGUACAACGAGGAAGCUUUGAAGAUUACUGAUCUCGUAGAGCGUACCAUCAAGCCAAGGAGACUGCCAGCGAACCAGGUACCGACGCGUCGAGGACUCAUCUGGCCAUCUGGCAGUAACUUCAUCUACGAGAAGCAACUCAAGGACCCUGAAAACACCAACCACUGCAUCGAGUACAGCUUGUAUACCGGCCACCGCUACGACAGCGUCAUGCGCGCCAAGCUGCUGCUUCUUGGACAGAUGACGAACGAGCCUUGUUUCAAUCAACUUCGUACCAUCGAGCAGCUCGGCUACGUCGUAUUCUCUGGCCCUAGCUUUGACGACAUUUGGUCAGGAUACUGCAUUCUCAUUCAGAGCGAGAAAGACUGUCGGUACCUUGAGGGUCGCAUCGAGAACUUCCUCAACAUAUUCGAGCAGACAUUGAACGACAUGAGCGAGGAGGACUUUGAGAGACACAAGCGUGCGAUGAUCAACAACAGGCUGGCAAAAUUGAAGAACCUGUCAUCUGAAGACAACAUGUUCUGGAAUCAUAUUUACAGUGAUUCGUAUGAUUUCCUGCAAGCCGAUGUUGAUGCCAAAACUCUUGAGAAGCUCACAAAGAAGGAUAUGGCCGACUUCUACAGCCAAUACAUCUCGACAUCGUCCUCUCAGCGCUCCAAGCUGUCAGUGCAUCUCCAAGCACAGGCCAAGGCGAAGGAGCCCUCCCUCGGUGAGAACAAGACUGCCGCUGCCGCUGCGCUCAACAUCACAGCCAACGACGAGGCUUCUCAGACCCGUGUUGAAGAGGUGUCGUCCAAAGAAGCUAUCUCAGAUGCCGUUGCCGACCAUCUUACUGACGACCUCAAGGUGGAGAAAGAAGUCGCUGACAAGGUUCUCGAUGAAGCCAAGGCUGAGCUAGGUAUCGCGGACUCAGGUCUAUCAGCUCCUCCACAGGCUUUCAAUGCGUCAACAGACGUUAAGGAAGUAGUCGAUGCUUCGCACCCUGUUCUCAUCAAAAAUGUACAUUUUUGGAAGGCAAGUAUGCAGGUCAGCUCCGGUGUGCGACCGGAGCGUAACCUAGAAGAGUUUGUCAAGAUCGCUUAG